AUGCACACAUCUAUCCUCCUCUCCCUCUGGGCCGUCCUCGCCUUCCUCCUCUUCAAGCUCACAACCUACGUCUCCAAUGAACUCCGCCACCGCCGCAACGCGGCGCGCCUCGGCUGCAAACAACCACCUCGCAUCCGCGUCAAUGAUCCCAUCGGCACACGGAAUAUCUGGGGCAUCUUGCAAGCGGACAAUGAUCGUCGCAUCAUGCAGUACGUCAAAGACCGUAUGGACGACGUCUGCGAGAGGGAGGGUAGACUCGUAACGACGACGUAUCAGAAUUUGCUGGGCAGUCCGGCCGUGUUUACAGUGGAACCCAAAAACAUUCAGGCGGUGCUGGCCACGCAGUUUAAGGAGUUCGGGUUGGGGUCGUCGAGGAAUAAUAAUUUUUUCCCAUUGUUGGGGUGGGGCAUUUUCUCAACAGACGGGAAGGAAUGGGAGCAUUCUAGGGCUCUACUUCGUCCCCAGUUCGCGCGUGAUCAGGUUAGCGAUCUCGACCUCGAGGAGACGCAUGUUCAGCACAUGAUGCGCAUCUUGCCUGCGAACCUCGAUGGGUGGACGGAUGUCAUCGACAUCAUGCCUCUCUUCUUUCGCCUGACGAUCGAUUCGGCAACCGAGUUCCUCUUUGGGGAGAGUGUCGACUCCCAGCUAUCGUAUCUGCCAGAUUAUACGUCCAGCAGGCCACCGAUGGCUAUUAAUGAGAAGGACUUCGCCGUCUCGUUCGAUAGAGCGCAGGCUUGCAUAGCGCAAGCAGCAAGGCUGGGCGAUAUGUACUGGAUCAAGCACGACAAGGACUACAAGGAGCAUUGCAGGCGAUGCCAUGCUUUCAUCGACCAUUACGUCCAGCUGGCGCUGCACAAAGAGAAGCCGUCGGCGCAGACUACUAGCGCCGGGAAGCACAAGUAUGUUUUCCUGGACGCACUUGCAGAGUCGACGCGCGAUCCCGUUGAGCUCCGCUCCCACCUCUUGAGCAUUCUUCUCGCCGGACGCGAUACAACUGCCUCCAUGCUUUCCUAUGUCUUCAUGAUCUUCACCAAACGUCCGGAUGCAUAUUCCAAAUUACGAUCCGUCAUCCUAGAAGACUUCGGCACCUAUAGGAACUCCAAGAAAAUCACCUUCUCUGGUCUCAAGAGCUGCAAUUACUUGCAGUGGGUUCUCAACGAGACCUUGCGUCUCUAUCCUGUGGUCCCAAUCGACGGCCGUCGCGCGCUUCAGGAUACCACGAUCCCCUUAGGCGGUGGUCCUGACGGCCGUUCACCAGUCUACAUCCGUAAAGGCCAGCAGGUCGACUACUCCGUCUACGCGAUGCACCGGCGGAAGGAUCUCUGGGGCCCUGAUGCCGACGACUUCAGGCCCGAGCGCUGGGAUGGAAGGCGUAGCGGGUGGGAGUAUUUGCCCUUUAACGGCGGCCCGCGUAUCUGCCUCGGUCAGCAAUUUGCUUUGACGGAGGCGGGAUACGUGAUCGUGAGAUUGCUACAGCGGUUUGAGGCGAUGGAAGGCGUGGGAAAUACUUGGGAGCCAGUUGCAAAGGGUGGAAUGGGGUAUGUAAGGCAGUGGCUGACGCUGACGGAGUGUCCGGCCGAUGGGGUCAAGGUGAGGUUUAAGGAGGGGAAAGAAUAG